CUGCCUGUUCACGAAUCUGACACCGAUUGGUUCCUUCAUCGUUAGCUGAAUGUUAAAUCCUACUCCUGAUGAUAAUUUUCGCUCAGCUCGUCUAAUCGCAUCUUCGCCAAUCCUACUUGCAAGCGCAACACUAUACUUUCUAAAGAUUCUCGCACUCGUGGCGCGAAGUUCAACGCUCGGAAAUAGCGAGCCGAUGCUUGCGCCCCUUAGCAAAUGGGACGUUCGAGCCUGGCGACCCUGGCUUGAGGUUGCCUUCCGGCUCCUUUCCAGGAGAGUAGGUAUUCUGCAGGUGUGUUCCGGGAUAAAACACCGCGGAGGAUAAUGGGCCUCAUCUGCGCAGUUUUCUCCACCCAGUGCCAGUAUUUCGGGUUGCGACGCGUCGCGCUGAUGCUGAUCAGGAUCAGGAUCUUUGGUGGAACCGCGGUCCUCUCAUUCUCGACGGCUAAUGUCUGACCGUGUGCAUUGGUCUAAAGAAAGAAUGGGAGGACGGAGUAGGGGUGUAGCAUCUGAUUCGUCAAUUCCCCGACACGUCCUUUCAUCAAUCUGGGGAAACAGUGCGAGUAAACUCACGCACUUAGCUCUGUGCUACCGAAUCUCGAAUUGGGGUCUACUUGUAGGGCUUUUUGAAACUAUGGUUGAAAUUUGAGGAGAGCUAUCGCGAAUGUCUAGGCAUUGGCCAUGGGCCUAUUUCCUACCAACAUGAAAAUGAAUCCAUUUCCGAGAACCACUGCUAUGGUUAUGGCGUCGAUCUAAUCGAUUUCCAAACUCGCAAAGGCGAGUUUUUCACUAGAUCCUACCUUCUUC